UGUGUAUUUCAGAGAGAGAGAUAGAUAGAUAGAGAAAGAGGUCAUACUACUGAGGGGAAUAGGAAGGCAACACAGCCACUGUGGGAGGCCCAAGGACACAAAGCCAGAGAGCGAGCGAGAGAGAGAGAGAGAGAGAGCGAGAGAGAGAGAGAGGAGGAAGGAAUUUGUUUCUGCACGCUGGUCUUGUUGUUGCCUGUCUGUGUGAGUCUUUGUGCUGGUCAGUCAGUCUACUAUGCCUGGGACUCUGUAGUGCUACUGCUCAGGAGGAACUCUACUGAAGUGAAGUGAGGAGGAAAUCUCUGGCUGUGCUCUUUUUCAAAACAAGUGCAACUUUAAAUAGACAGAGCUGAGGAUGAUGGCAGAGGGGAAGUUUGCCAGUCUGCCCAGGAAUAUGCACAUGGGCGUGGGCAGCAGGCAGUGUCCCCUGGCCUCCUCCAUGGACCUGCUGACAUCCAGGCCUGCAGUACCGGAACUGCCCCCAGCCGGAUACCACAGUGUCUCCAUCCACGGCACUCUGCCUAGGAGGAAGAAAGGGUCUCCAGCCCCGUCCCAGGGCCCUGCCCGCUCCUGGGACAUGUACAGCCACAUGGGCACCCUGCCCCACCCAGCACGCACCCGCCUGCCCUCCUCGCCACUCAUCCACAACAUCAUAGAGGAACACCAGCCUUACCAUACAGGGAGGGAAGGCCACUCUGCAUACAGGGACCCCAGCAGCAGCAUGGAUCCCACCAUGGAGUAUGUCAAGUUCUCCAGGGACAAGUACAUAAUGGAGGGCCCACCGGAGAAACUACGCAAGGAGCUGGAGGACGAGCUGAAGCUGGGCAGUGAGGAACCACGCAGCCACGCCUGGUACCAUGGUGCCAUCCCCAGACAGGUGGCAGAGAACCUGAUCCAGAGAGAUGGGGACUUCCUGAUCCGGGACUCUCUGUCCAGCCCUGGGAACUACGUCCUGACCUGCCAGUGGAAGAACAGCCCACAGCACUUUAAGAUAAACAAGAAGGUGGUGGCCAUGAAUGAGGCCUACUCCCGGGUGCAGUACCUGUUUGAGAAGGAGGGCUUUGACAGCGUGCCCGCCCUGGUGCGCUACUAUGUGGGCAACAGAAAGCCAGUGACUGAGGUGGUGGGGGCCAUCAUCUUUCAACCCAUCAACAGGGCCUUGCCCCUGCGCUGCCUAGAGGAGAAGUAUGGGGUGGCCUGUGUCCGUGUGGAGGCUGGCCUGACCCUGCCCGACAGGAAGAGCCAGACGUCUAAACGCCUGAGCCUCAACAUCAUGAACGGACACACCCAGGACCACAGCCUCGGACGGGGGAACCUGCUUAGGAACAAAGACAAGUGUGGAAGCCAGCCGGCGUGUCUGAACCACGUUCAGGAGAGACGACGGCCCCUCAAAACCCACCAGUCAGAGAGCUUCCUCCCGCUAGGCUCCAGGCCCCAGCCCCAGUCCCAGCUCAUGGAGCACCAGCCCAGCCCCAAGUCUCCAGUAUUCAGGACGGGCAGUGAGCCGGCCCUCAGCCCCACCGUGCCAAGGAGGAUGGCCUUUGAGACCCAGGCUGGGGAGGCCAUCCGGGGCUCAGACAGCCAACUCUGCCCCAAGCCCCCCCCUAAGCCCAGCAAGGUGCCCUCCAUCAGGAUGCCCUGCUCCCCACGUCUGCAACCCCUGGCUGCCCCAGCCCCGGGUCCCCCUGUACCCCCACUGAAACCCAAGAAGCAGCAUGUGAUCCAGGCUCUCCAGCCUCCGCAGCCCCCCAGCCCGGAAGUGAACUACUGUGAGCUGGGCCCCUGCAGCCCAGCAGAGUGGGACAGGCUCCAGGCCCCAGCCCCAGGGCCCCAGCCCAACAACAACAGUUACGUAGAGAGGCUGAGGACAGAGGAGAGCCAGAGGAGCAGCCACGGCUCCAAACUGGACCGCAGCUCCUACCACCACGCCAUCGUAGCCCUGGAGAAUGGCAGCGAAGAGGUGGAAGGAGGUGGAAAAGGAGGGAUGGAGGAGAUAGAGGAGACUGUGGAGGAGAAGGAGAGAAGCUUCCGGCGGCCGGUGUUGGAGACUGCGUCUGUGUUCCGGCCGGGGGAGUUUGAGUCGAGGCUGCUGCCUGCAGAGAACAAACCCCUCGAGAUGAGUGUGCUGAAGAGAGUCAAAGAGCUGCUGGUCCAUAAAGACCACCACAUCAUCGCCAAGCACAUCCUCAUGGCAGACUGCCAGAUUGCGAGGGUACAUGGCAUCUCUGAGGAGGUGAAAGGUCAAAUGGGUGUGUCCUCUGGUCUGGAGCUGGUGACCUUACCCCAUGGCAGGCAGCUGCGGCAAGACCUGAUGGAAAGGCACCACACCAUGGCCAUCGGGGUUGCCGUGGACAUCCUGGGCUGCACAGGAAGUCUGGAGGAGCGGACCGCCACGCUGAACCGCAUCAUCAUGGUGGCUCUAGAACUGAAGGACUCCAUGGGGGACCUGUACGCUUUCUCCUCCAUCAUGAAAGCACUGGACAUGCCUCAGAUCACACGGUUAGACCACACCUGGACCAUGCUGAGGAGGAAGUACACUCAGACUGCCAUCAUAUACGAGAAGUCUCUCAAGCCCUUUUACAAGGGACUGUAUGAAGGAACAGCGGACAUGCCCCUGACAGGCACCACGGUGCCUCUACUGAUGCCCCUGCUGACGCUGAUGGAGCGCCCGGCGGUGGCAUUCGAGGGCAUGGAGCUGUGGGAAAGCAACGACCAGGGCUGUGAAAUCCUGCUACGCCACCUGGAGGAGGCCCGCAGCGUGGCACGCAACGCUGACUCAUACACCGCCAACACUGAACGCGUCCUGCAAGAUUUCCAUGCUGACAAGGACCUUUUAGAGAUCUGUAAAACAGACUUCCAGCUGCGUCUGCUGUGGGGCAGCAGAGGGGCGGCCGUCAACCAGACGGAGAGAUACGACAAGUUCACACUCAUCCUGACUGCUCUGUCCAGGAAACUGGAGCCAGCGGUCAAACACACAGAACUCUAAUCAGAGCCUGUGGUAAACAGAAUCUAUAUUACUGAACAGUGGUUGGUCGUAUGUAAAAGGACAGUCAGGCUGGUUAAGAGAGGACAAACUGUGCCCUGUAUUGUCUGGGAUGAGGAAGACUGUUACAGAGCGAGACUGCUGUCCUUUCUCAACCUGUCCACUGGAGGGAGUGUGAGUCAGAUCCAGUUGGAACAUCCCUGUCAGGACACUGAUCUGAGUGUGCUGAUAUGAAGGGGAAAUAUUUCCCUCCGUGACGCAGGAGGUGGGUAGCCUGGUCCCAGAUCUGUUUGUGCUCUUGCCUACUCCAUUGCAGUCAUUGUCAAGUCAAUGGCAUGACAAUGAGUGUCAGGGAGUUGGCAUGAUAGCACAAACAGACUAGCACCCAGGCUAGGAGGGGGGCGUUUACACCAUAUAUGUGGUAGUGUAGCCCCUUGGCCCUUAGUCAUCCUUCUGUAUGUUACUGAGUGGAACACACUUUGACCACAGAGGACCCAAGAAGCGUCUCUGAAAGUGUUUGUCAGAAGGAAAUGGGUGUAUGUUUGAAUGUAUCACUAAAGUAGUGAUUGAACACCCUUGUUAUAAGGGUUCAACAAUGACUUUGAAAGGAGAACAUAGAAUGACGAGACAGAAGAAAUGGAAGAAUGAAAACGAUUGGUCGCUAUACAAUAGAGGCAGUUUAACCGUAUAUUGUCUUAAAUACUAUAUACUGUAUGUAUAUUAACUAGAUCUUCGACUGUCUGUUCAUUGUUCCUCAGAUGUGGUAUAUUAUGAGUUCAUCUGGAUAAUCCUGAAUGGUGAAAGGUGUACAUAAUACAUAAGCAUGUGAAUGCUAGACUGUAAUAUAUUUCCCUCUUAAAUAUUGACUUGUAAAUAGAGUUGCGUACAAUUGUAAUAUCUUUAUAUGAACUAUUGUGGCAAGAAAUGAAUAAAUAGAUGAUGAAAUUA